AUGACCGACGUAGCGCAGGCAUCUACGCCCAACGAUUUUAUUGAAAGCUUGUCGAUAGAGCAGAUAGACCAUGACCAGAAAAUAGGGGUGCGCGCCAUACGAUUAUUUCUUCAAAGUCGAACUUCUUAUGACGUAUUGCCUGUGAGUUACCGGUUAAUCGUGUUGGAUACGUCGUUGUUGGUGAAAAAAUCAUUGAAUAUUUUGCUUCAGAACAACGUGGUAUCGGCUCCAUUAUGGAACAACAAGACUUCGAGGUUUGCAGGUCUUCUUACCUCGUCAGAUUUUAUCAAUGUCAUCCAAUACUACUUUCAAUAUCCCGAUAAAUUCGAUUUGGUUGACCAACUUACACUUGAUGGGCUCCGUGACAUCGAAAAGGCUAUUGGCGUAGAUCCCAUUGAGAAGGCGUCUAUCCAUCCAUUCAAAUCGCUUUAUGAAGCAUGUGUCAAGAUGCUCGAGUCAAAGGCAAGAAGAAUCCCGCUUAUCGACGAAGACGAAAAAACCCAUCGAGAAAUAGUGGUGUCCGUGUUGACCCAAUACCGUAUUUUGAAGUUUGUGGCUCUCAAUUGUAAAGAAACAAAAAUGCUACUUAAACCCAUCAAGAACUUGCCUACAUUGAAUAAAGACAUUGAGAUAUCUACAUGCACCAUGGCUACCCCGGUGAUCGAGGUGAUCCACCUUCUUGCCCACAAAUCGGUGUCGUCCAUCCCAAUAGUCGAUGAAACUGGAAAACUCAUCAACGUGUACGAAGCCAUCGAUGUGCUUGCCUUGGUGAAAAAUGGAGGUAUGUACACAGAUUUGGACCUCACGGUUGGUGAUGCUCUCUUGAAACGUCCAGAAGACUUCGAAGGUGUUCACACCUGUACCGUCAAUGAUAGACUCAGCACCAUAAUGGAUACCAUCCGAAAAUCAAGAUUACACAGACUCUUUGUCGUUGACGAUGAAGGUAAGUUAGUUUCGGUGGUUUCCCUCAGUGACAUUCUCAGAUAUCUUCUUUUUGAGGAAGAGUAG